AUGGUGGUACUGCGCAGCACGGACAAGGCGAACAGCGGGGUAGGUGUGCCGCUGGCACCCUUCCUGCACCAGGUCGGUGGCCACCUGAGUAUGCUGCAGUAUGAUGCGCACACGGUAUGCAAGCCCCUCGUCUCCCAAGAGCAGAAGUUCUAUGAGUCCCUGCCCCUGGCCAUGAGGUGCUUCACUCCACAGUACAAAGGAACCAUCACAGUGCGCCUCCGGAGGGACAGCAGAGGCCAUCUUGGCCUGGUGGCCAACCCACUGAAGGAGAACUUGGAGCCUCUGCAGGUCUCCCCAGAUUCCAGAGCGGUAGCCAUCUGGCAGACACUUCAGCAGACUGUCAGCAGUGACAGCGGCCCCCGUCCCCUGGCCCAGCUGGCAUGCUCACUCAAGGAAAGCACGGCCAAGGUGCUUCUGAGCUCCGACUGCUGCCUCAGUCCCCAGGCCUCCCCGCUGGUGGUGGAAAGUGCUGGUGGGAGCCAGGUGGAGAGAAGGGGCUUUAACCCAUGGGGCCUACACUGUCACCAAGCUCACCUGACGCGCCUGUGCACUGAGUACCCACAGGACAAGCGGCACCGGUUCUUGCUCUUGGAAAAUGUGGUGUCACAAUACAAGCAGCCGUGCAUCUUGGAUCUAAAGAUGGGGACCCGGCAGCAUGGUGAUGAUGCAUCUGAGGAGAAGAAGGCCCGUCACAUGAAGAAGUGUGCACAGAGUACUUCAGCCUGCCUGGGGGUGCGCAUCUGCGGCAUGCAGGUUUAUCAAACUGAAAAGAAGAGUUUUCUCUGCAAAGAUAAGUACUAUGGAAGGAAGCUCUCAGAGGAGGGAUUCAAACAAGCCCUUUCUCAGUUUCUCCAUGAUGGAACCCGCCUACGCACAGAGCUCCUGGAGCCCAUCCUUGGCAGGCUGCAGGCCUUGCUCACGGUCAUCAGGAGCCAGAGUUCUUACCGAUUCUACUCCAGCUCCCUCCUCAUAAUCUAUGAUGGGCAGGAGCCUCCUCAGAAUACUCCUGAGACCACCCAGGGCAGCCCUUCCGGUGACCCCGCCAAAGUCGACGUCCGAAUGAUCGACUUCGCUCACACGACCUACAAGGGUUCCUGGAAUGAGCACAUCACCCACGAGGGACCAGAUCCUGGCUAUAUUUUUGGCCUGGAAAACCUCAUCGGAAUUCUGCAGGAUAUCCAAGAGGGAGAAUAAAGGUUGUUGGAACUGUC